AUGCCAUCAUCGUAUAAAUCUCCCAGCGGGAGUGGAGUUUCGACACCUCAAGUUGAAGAAGCGAGCGGAUAUUUAUUGUUGAAUAUUGAACAUGCCGUUGUCAAACAGGUCUAUGAAGAUGCGACUAUGACACUCGCCAGAGGAGAGUUUAGAUUGGAAUGCGUCUCACUACCCAUUCCAGCUGAAAUAGGCCAUCAAACAGCGAACCCAUUCGCACCUUCACCUGCUGAUCCUCCUGUCCCGACACAUGACUUCUGGUUAGUAAUAAAAGUAGGACCCACAUUUGAGAUGCCAAUCGUUCCUAAUCAAGAGAUGAAACCUACGCAGGAUAAAGAUGGUUUAACAUAUUCAGUACCUUCGCCUCAUAUACCGAAUGCUUUCGUAUAUCUCACCUUACCUUUACCCGCUUCACAAGCUGAUAUGGAAGAUCUCGAAUCAUUCGAAGUCCUCUUGCGUCAAUACAGAGCUUUAGGAGCGGAAUCUACUGCUUUAGCUAAAAUCACUGCCCCAAUUCAAACUUCGGCAUUCAACACAUCUACAGCUCUUGCGCCCGAAGAACUUCGAGGUAGGAUCGUCCUUAUAAAUGAGGAUAAUGGAGAAAUGGUUGGACAAUUGGAUCAAACUUUUGAUGUUGAAGAAGAUAGAAAGUUGGCCGGCGAAGAUAAGAAUAAACCUGUCAUGUUAGAUUUCGGGCAUCUCAGAGAAGGUCAAGAGGUUUUAAGGGUCAAAGUGAAAUCGGUCCCGGAAGAAUACUUAGAUGAUUGGUUACUUUUAGGUGCUCAUAGAGUCAGUAAAGGUAUAUUGUCGUUCGGAUCUUGGUCUUCAAAACAGAUGCUGUCUGGAGCAGACACGUUUAUAAAACACUCUACACCUAAUGCCGAACCUGUCAAGUUCUCUCCCCAGACCAAGGACAAUUUUGUGAAAGUUCACAAAGGUAGUGUCAAAGCUGCUGUAGUGACUAAAUCUACUAUUGGUAAAAUAACAGGAGUGGUUUCAACCGUAGCUGAGAAAGCUUAUACUCACGGUUACAAACCUGCUGAAGCGGCUUAUCGAAGAGGAUCAAACUCUGGUUUCACUCCCCCUCCGUUACCACCUCGUUCAGCUACAGCACAUCCGGCUGGUGCGAGUGAAGCGCCUGUACCUGUACCUUAUGCUGUACGGAAACCAACAUCUCCCGCUCCUCCAGUUCCAGCUAAACCAGCCCACCUUCAACCUUAUGAAGGCGGACUUCGACAGCGUAACCAAGCGGGCGCAAAAGGGUAUACGGUACCUGUUCCUACGCAAACGGACACCAUGUUGGCUGAAUCGGAGAGAUUCAAUAUUCCCCCAGCUUAUUCGGACAAUUUCACAGCGGAACCCAAUAGCGCAACACCUGGUCAAUCACCCAUGCAAUCAAGACCUCAAACACCUUCUGCUGCUCCUCUGCCAAAAAAGAAAUUACUCGGAAGAAUAUUAUUAGCUGGAGAGGUAGUAUUGACCAGUCUUGAGGCGACUGCUCACGAUCUGAUCAAUAACGGGACUAUUGCAGCCUCUUCUGCAGCAGGACACAAAUACGGUGCUGAUGCAGGCGAAGCGACCGCUCUAGUCGGUGGAUCAGUCAAGAAUGUAGCGGUCGUGUAUAUCGAUGUUGCAGGUGUAGGAAGAAGAGCAAUCUUGAAAUCCACUGCAAAAGGUUUCGUCAAAGCUAGACUUGCAGACGGUGAGACUGUUCAACUCCAAGCGGAAGGCCACGGUCAAGAUAUCAAAGCUGGCGAGAUCGAAGUUGGAAAAGGUGGUGAAGGAUAUGUAGUGGGUAUGCCGGAAUUGGGAAAAAAGGAAGAAAAAUCAGCUUUCAGUAAACGAUAA